AUGAGUCCCUCGAAGGAAGAAAUCCGCAGUCCCAAAUCACCAUCCUCUGUCAGCAUCGAUUCCAAUGAAACUAGACUUUCAAAAGAACAUUUAUCAUCCCCAUCAUUAACCAAAGCAAUCCAGGAAAAUCAUCCCACCUUCAACAGAACCAACUCAAUUAGUCCAGAUGCCAUUCCUGAGGAUGUGGAAGGCGAGCAACAAGCCGAAUGCAAAGUAGAAGAAAACAUCAAAUCACCAACACCGGAACAAACUAUCAAAACACCUGCCCCUGACAAAGUCCCUCGACAACUCACUGAUAGUCAAGAUCUAUUCAGUCAUCUGCCAAUGGUCCCAUUUAGUAAAACAAAUAAGAGAGAAUCCGUCAUGUCUUCAGUUUCUCAGUAUUCUGGAAAAUUGGUUGAAGAUGAAACGGUAGAACUCAAAGUGCACAGACAUGACAGUGAGAAAGCAAAUCUACGCUAUGUCCCUGGUGCGGAUGAUAAUGGAAAUGACAGUCCCCCAGUAAACCCCAUCGAUUCUGAACAAGUGGUGGAUACCAAGGAAUUAGCAAACAAUGGUCUUGAAGAAGAUGACGAACGUGAAAUAGUAACUGACACUGAAGACCAGAGUUCAAUUCGUUUAGGAAAACUCCCUACCGAGAGUAAAAAAUUACUAACAAAUCUAGACCCAGAUAGGACUUACGAUACCAAAAUCGAAGGCUCUAUCCCAGCCCGGUCAUUAAGAAGACCCAUGAGUGCGACUCCGAAUCUUCCCCAGAAUGAAUUUGGCCUGGAUUUGGUUAAGUUAGCUAAGGAUGGCAAGAGAAGAUCGAUUCAGAUAAAUGACGAUUUGGAAAAACUUAUGCAUGAUGCACAUUCUAUUAAAUCCUUAGCUGAUGAUUUUGAUGAUUCCAAUCCCCAUAAGAACUCGUCUCCUCCAGUUGAAGAAAAGGUUGAUAAGGAAACAAACAAACAAAGCAGUACCAAACUGACACUUCCAGAGCCUGAAAAUGAUGUGAUCGAUGAAUCGACUAUCCGCCAUUCCCUAGGAAGCAAAAUUCUCAAUCUUCAUGCAAUCGCCCCACUAAAAACAACUAAAUCCAAAAGCAAUCCCGAGCCAUCUACUAAGAGAACAUCUUCCCUGUCUCUUCCACCCCGUCCAUCAAUUGAAAGUAUAAGACACGCUCGAGAACUUUCAUCCACCCUCCAACUAAAACUGUCUACAGUCCAGAAAGAACUCCAAAGUCCCAAAAUAGCCCAACAAAGCAGGUCUCAAAAGGAAAAUAUCAACGACGAAGAUGAGUAUUAUGACAUAGGUGACCCCCAUGUUGGCGCUGUCCCUAGUAAAUCAGUUAAACAAUCUAUCCAUAGAUCAGGUACUGUCAUCAAGAGGAAGCAUAAACGGAAAUCCAAAAAGGGAACCCAAGGUGUGGGGCAAUUAAAACAAUUUAAUUAUACAACAUUGAUAAGUUUACUCGAAAGUAUGAAUGGAGCAGUUAUUGGUCAGGAAUUCAAUCUGUUGAAUAUCCCUAUUCGAGAAAAACAACUUCUUGAAAAGAUCAUUGAUUCGUUAUCUCGAUUGACUUCGGAUAUGAUUUUGGAUGGUGAGAGAUAUCAGGCAGGUAUACAGAGGUUAGAGAAGGCAUUGAGGAUUUUGGAAGGAUUUCUGUAA